AGGGGGCGUCCGUGAGCUCUGCUUCACUUUCUUCGAAAACUGUGAUUUUUAUCAAACUCAACUGAACCUACCACCAGCAGUGUGUUUGUGUUCGUCUUUGCGCGUUCUUGUGCUGCUGUGUGUGUGUGUCUGUGUGUAUUGUUACUGAUCCAGUCUUGUCCGAGCAAAGAUGCAUCCUGUUCGAGUGUCGAUUCCGUCGUUUCGCUCAGAAAACAACUCGAUAGAAAAGGGAUACACGGUCUUUAAAAUUGAUGUGCUGAUGAAUGGCAGACUAUACAGCAUUGAGAAACGCUACAGUGAAUUCCAUGCAUUGCACAAAAUGCUUAAGAGGAGCAUAAAACCACCAGAAAUCCCAUCAAAACACGUCAGAAACUGGGUUCCCAAAGUCCUGGAACAAAGGAGGCAAGGCCUGGAGCUCUAUCUACAGACUAUAAUUAUGGAAAAUGAGGCUCUUCCGAAGAUAUUCCUGGACUUCCUAAACAUCCGCCAUUUUCCUUCUGUGCCAAAAACAGAAAGCUGUGGGUCCUUCGAUACAGAAUCUGUGGAAUCAAGUAAACUUUCUCAUCAGCCGGUCAUGCUGUUUCUGAGAGACCCCUACCUGCUGCCUCACGAUGCAUUCUCCAACGUUGUGAUUGAAGGUGUGAUCCAUGGCAUUUUCUACCCAGAUCUGCAGCCGAGGUAGAAAAGGGGCCAUAAACUGAUGUCACACAACUAAGACACCCUGAACCUGCCUUUAUCAAUCACAACCUCCUACUUAUUCUUUUUUUGUUGACACUUUCUAACACUAACUGAACAACACUCCACUCUACUACCAAGUUUAACUUUAAAGGGAAUCGACUACAAAAACCAGCUUGUUGUGAAACAGUUUUACAAAUGACUUCUACAGAUCAAUAAUGUUGGGAACAGAAAUGAAAACUCUAUAAUCAUUUAUAAGAAGGCGAACAGGAACAGUAAAUAUAGUUCUCAAAAGGCUGAUCACAACCAGCAUGUACUGCAGUAAAAGCCAGAGUUGAUGUUGUUUUUCCAUAGAUGAUGGAUCACGUUCUUCUUCCUGCAAUUCUGCAGGAGGCAAAGAUUGCUAACUGAGGUGCCACGCCUUUUAGAGCCACCAUAAAGGGUGCUUGAGUUUUUGGCAAAUGUCACCAGCAGAAUAAACAGAUCAGAGCAACACAGAUGCCUUUUUAAGGGAUUGCAGACAUUGUGCUUUAAGUUUGGACGUGGAUCUUACUCUUCUAGCAAGUUGUAAAAAGCUACCUUUGUGAUGGCGAUCUGUUACUGUAGCAGCUUUUCUUUCAUUUAAAAUUGAUUGUUACACCAUUGAUCCUAUCAGUUUUGUACCAGCAAAUGACUUGUGAAACAAAGUGCUGCAUAUUCAAAUGUUUAAAUGGAAGGACACAGGGCAAAUAGCCAACUUUAUUGGGCUCUGACCCACCCUAUUUUUGUUUGCAGAACAAAAAUAGAGGGUUUCACUAAAAGGGAAAGUAUUCUGUGUGAGUGAAAAUGAGUGCUUUAUGACUUAACCAUGUUGUUUUUUGAUCUGUGACUUUUGCACAGGCAUGUUUCUUUCUUAGUCUGUAAAAAUAUAUAAAAAAAGAUGGCACAAUUAAAAUUUUAGCUCAGAAUAAAAGUUACUGGAUCAAAGACUGGAGACUUGACACUCAAAGUUACUCAGAAUCCCAGCAGGCUUGUGUUCUGCUAAUGAAGGAGCACUUCUCUUUGAAACAUAAGCUUCAGUGUUCAUUAGAGUUUCUGCAGACCAGCAUCUACAUUUACACUGACUUUACACAGAAGAUGUUGUCACUUCUGCUAUCAUCACAAAAAGAGAUUACUCAGACUUUAAAAUGAUGUGCAAUAUAAAGGAAAACUAGUUCUUGUUUUCUGUGACAACUCAUUCUGUAGAUUAUUGUGUUGCGUGUGUUUUUCUGUACAAUUUUCACUAAUCAACGUACUCUUUGAAAUUUAUGACACAAAUAAAGAAUCUGAACUAAUAACCUCGA